CUCAUUCAGGACACGCAGGUUUGUGCGAGGAAUUUAUACUAGCCAGCAAUUACUGGUUUCAAGUCUGUAGCAGGGUUAUGUCCGUGCUCGCCGCUAUGGAGCUGGAAUAUACACCUGUUAUGUACAUGGAUACGCCAGCGAACGUUCCCAGGUGUCUCCUGGUCACGGAAAUCCUGAUGGAAGUACUGGAACACGUAACUACAUCGGACCAAUACGGUCCGCCUACGCUUGCAAACCUUGCGCGGACAUGCAGAGCAUUCCAAGCGCCCGCGUUCAGCGUGCUGUGGCGAGAGCUGACGGACUUGAACCCGCUGAUCCAAUGUCUACCUUUAGAUUUAUGGUCGCAAGACCGAGGAUCCAUUACGCUGAGACGGCCCAUGCAGAUGUCUGACAUGGACCGCUUCAAUUACUAUGCGGGUUUUGUGAGAUCACUUUUCACAACUUCGCCGAUGAUGGAUGGUCUUCAGCAAUCACUGUUCUCCCAGUUGCCUCACCUAUAUCCUCCCAAAAUUUCACACGAGCGCCACUGGCUCUCGAUCCUGCCUAACCUCCUUCAUCUGCGCUGGAUCGCGGAGACGCCGAACAAGCUUCGCAUGAUAUACUGGCUGCUUACUCCCUGCUUGAAGUCUCUGCACGUCACAAGUGUCUGUCCAGAAGCCCACACCAGACCCUUCCUCAAUUAUCUCGUUGACGCUUGCAGCGCGCUUGAGAAACUUGCUCUCUGCCUAUAUGGAGCUGCUAUCACCGAAUCAGUCUACCUUGCGGUAGGUCGACUCGUUCCCAAACUCAAGAGUCUCAAGAGCUUCUCGUGCAAUGCUCCCUUUGCUGCGCAAAUAUCACCUGCCCUGUCUUGCCUGCCCCAUUUAGAAGAUCUCCAGCUAGACUUCAAUAACACGGCCACCUUCGUUGGAAGCCGAAGCAGCUUUCCUACCGCCCAGAAUCCUUUCCCUUCCCUCCGACGCGUCAAUUUUGCCUUUAACCGCUUGUCCGAAUGCGCGAACAUGCUCGACCUCCUACAACACUGCAUACUUACACACGCCUAUUUCUCCGUACGAGAAUACGCUGACCCGGAGUCUGUAGGAUCUUUUGUCGCCGAUCUGUCUACGAAACUGAGGCUGUCCCACGACUCCCUGCGCCAUCUCUGUCUCCUGCAGAACCCUGCGCGCCUGCCUUCCGACGCCAUCCUGCGAGAAGAGUACAUCAUCUCAGGUACGGCAUUGCACCCUCUACGAGCCUUCGUGGCGCUCCGUCAUCUCAGGAUGCAUGUCCAAUGCGGCUUCGACAUCGACGAUUCUAUCCUGACUUCACUGACAUCCGCAUGGCCUGGACUUCGGUCGCUGCACUUUGGUGUAUACAAGGGUCUGCCUCGACAGACGAAGAUCACGCUUGGCGGCCUAGCCUUUUUAGUCCUCAACUGCCCCAAACUCGCUCACCUCUCGCUCCCCCUCGACGCCCGCCUGACCUCCUCCUAUUCGCAGGAACGCCAGCGAGUCCUGGACGUUGUGCGGCGGCCCGAGAUGCCGGCGGACAAGCGGAUCACCUCGAUAUAUGUCGGCGAGUCGUUCAUUCAGAAUUCGGCUGUCGUCGCGGCGGUACUGCUGGAUAUAUUCCCGAAUCUCGAGUGGGUGGUGGGGACCGAAGUGGACCGCGUUGUGUGGUCCGGCCAGAGGGAUAAGUGGCACGAGGUGCGGCUUGCUGUGGAGAAGCACCAGGCGGAGCGCCCGCUCGUUGAUGACGACGCCGUCUGGCAAGACGACGAUGAGGACGAGGAUGAAGACGAGUGGGAGUACGGUGCGUGA